AUGAUAAAAUUAUGUACUUUCCUAUCGUUGUUCCUUAUAUUUUUUUUUUUGAAUUUGAAUGCGAUAAAUGGUUCUGGUAAUACAGGUGAAGUAGUACAAGGCACAAUAAGUGUAGACAGUAUUUCAAAAGGAAUGGAUUCUGAUGAAAGUAUGUUGUAUGAGAAAAAUGAAUAUGAUAAUUACCAGAUUCCAAACAUAUGUUUCGAUAAUACGGGAAUCCAUCAACCACGAUUUAUAGAAGAUAACAAAGAAUAUUUAUAUAACAAAAUUGGAGAGAUUAGUAAUUCAUUUUCUACUAAUUUGAACAAUUAUACAACAUUUAUGCAUGAAUUAUAUGGUUUAUAUAAUGAUCAUAUUGAUGUAAGUAUGGAUAACUUUAGAUAUGGUUAUAUAUUUAUGCAGGUAAAUUUUUCAAAACAUAAAAAUAAGGAUAGUACUGCUAAAUUAGUUGUUAAUUUAUAUGGAAGUGUAAAUAAAACACAUUCAGCUGGGAUUGAAUUAGCACAAGGGUCGUUUGAAGUCUAUCUGAAUCAAUGCGAUUUGGCUCAAAAUAAAAUUAAUGCUACUAUUACUGACUCGAUUUUCGUUAUGCACGAUAAUACCCCAGCUAAAGAAGAUCAUGUUACAUCUACACAUGAUAAUACUAAUUUAAAGAACGAAGAUAGUCUUAAUAAAUUAAACGAUUUGACUAAAAUACAUUCAUCACUUAUGGAAAAUAACAUUGAUAAUACAGAACAUUUUAUUACAGUAGAUAAAAUAAGCGAAUGUAUAUUCCAGGUUAAUAAAUUAGAAGAUUUCUUGAAUAACUGUAUGACACUUACAAAUAAUAAUGGCCCCAAUAGUAAUGAGAAUGAUGAUGCAUUAAAAAAACACAAAAGUCAAAUGCAAAAAAAAAUAUAUCGCGAAACCUUAUUUAGUAAUUUUAAGGAAAGUAUAGUUAACAAAGAUAUGGAAGGAUGCAAAAAAAAUUACACAUUGCUAAUGUCUAAUAGCAUAGCCUCUAAAUUAAUGUCUGUUUUUGUAUUUAUAGCAGUUAUCAUUUAUAUUUUGUAA